UUACGAGUCAGCCAAACGUCAAUGUCAGAUUGUUCGUUUCUGGAAAUUGUACACGAACCGAGAUUGACACGCUUUCCUGCUAUUUAUAUAAUUUAUUGUGUAAAGCACUGCCUUAUUACGUUAAUUAUUUAUUUUAGAGCAUCUGAUUUAUAAAACCGAUCGAAGAAAACCUCGAAAAUGUCUACAAUACUGGAGAAAAUUGCGGCUAUCGAAGCCGAGAUGGCCCGCACACAAAAAAAUAAAGCGACAGCGCUACAUUUGGGUAUAUUGAAGGCACGUCUAGCAAAAUUGAGGCGAGAAUUGAUCACACCAAAGGGUGGCGGCGGAGCGACGGGCGAUGGUUUCGAUGUGGCCAAAACUGGUGAUGCCCGUAUAGGUUUCGUGGGCUUUCCAUCUGUAGGCAAGUCGACCUUGCUCUCUAAUUUGGCGGGAGUGUACUCUGAAGUGGCAGCGUACGAGUUCACAACGCUCACAACUGUACCGGGCUGUAUUAAAUACAAAGGUGCUAAGAUACAGCUUCUAGAUCUUCCCGGAAUUAUCGAAGGCGCCAAAGACGGCAAAGGUAGAGGUCGUCAAGUGAUAGCCGUUGCACGCACAUGCAGUCUUAUAUUCAUAGUAUUGGACGUCCUGAAACCCUUGCAGCAUAAGAAACUGUUAGAGCAUGAGUUGGAAGGCUUCGGACUUCGGUUAAACAAACAACCACCUAACAUACAUUUCAGGAAAAAAGACAAGGGUGGCAUCAAUUUGAACACUACUUGUCCACAAUCAGAGCUGGAUAUAGAAGCGGUGAAAACAAUCUUGUCUGAAUACAAAAUACACAACGCGGACAUAACGUUGCGCUACGACGCGACGAGCGACGAUCUCAUCGACGUCAUCGAAGGCAACAGGAUAUACGUACCUUGCAUCUAUCUGCUCAACAAGAUUGAUCAAAUCAGCAUAGAAGAGUUGGAUGUUAUCUACAAGAUCCCGCACUGCGUCCCGAUAUCUGCCCACCACAAAUGGAACUUCGACGAUUUAUUGGAGAAAAUGUGGGAGUAUUUGAAACUGGUCAGGAUAUACACGAAGCCUAAAGGACAACUGCCCGAUUAUAAUGCACCCGUGGUACUUCAUGCUGAUAGAACGAGCGUGGAGGACUUCUGUAACAAACUGCAUAGAUCUAUUGUGAAGGAAUUCAAGUAUGCAUUGGUCUGGGGGUCAUCGGUGAAGCAUCAGCCACAGAAAGUUGGUAUCGAACAUAUCUUAGCCGAUGAAGAUGUUGUCCAAAUUGUAAAGAAAGUGUAAAUUGUACAUAAGAAUAUAAAAAGUAUAUAUUUUUGCGAAAAAUAAAAUAUGCAUUCAAGCAAGGGUUAUGUUGGGUAUCUGAGAUGUUAAGUACACUUCUUGUUUAACUUUGUAAAGCAUAAUUAAAUAAAUGUAUGAUCAAAUGACUUUCCUAACGAAUAAUUAUUACUUGGGAAUAUAAUGAAAGAGCAUGCAAUAAAAUAAAACUUGAUGUCCAUAUAUUUAUUUUACUGAAGCAUUUUUGUUUCACUUUGAGCACAUUUUCAUAAAAAUGCGGAGGUUUAGUACUUUGCCGCAAUGUUUUAUUUUAAAAUUAUUGUGUCAAAUAUAGAUCACGAGUUGAUACAUUUUUAUCAGAUGUCAAUAAUGUUUCAACUUUAAAAUCCAAGUUUUAGGCGUAAAGAAGUGUAUUUGGCGCAUAUUCUUCAGAUACCCUAUUAUAUUUGUUAUCAAACAUAGUACAUGAAAUAAAGCAUUUUUUUACAUAAUUGUAUGUAUUAAGCAUUUACUAAAAUUCUAUGUCCACACCACACAAUAAUAUUUGUAUAAAAUAGUGCUGCUUAAAUAAUCUGUCACAUCAGGAAGUAAAUAAAUUAAUAAUGUAAGUUGAAUGUCUCUAGUAUUAUCAGUUUUUAAAUCAAAUUAUGUGAGAUAUAAGGCUAAGAGAAAGUGAGAACAAAAAAUAUAUUAAGAAUAUUUUGUAUGUACUUGGUCUUAUUUGGCUUUGAGCUAAAAUUUAACAAAAUAUAAAGGUACAAUAUAAAUAAUGUAAAAUGUAAGUAAAUUAAACUCCAUUUAUGAGUGUUGAAUGUUUAAAAUACUAGAGAUAUAACUAAUCUGUUUGACAUCGAAAUCAGCGCUAUGUGUGUUCUUAACGGGGAUGUUUUAUUAUGUUGUACAGAUGCUCAUUAAAUAAUGAAAUGAUAA